AUGCCGGAUCUAGGGGUUUCCUGGGCUCUUGCUCAAACGGUUGACGGCGCUCUCAAGAUCAGCAAAGAUGCACUUUUGGCUGCUUCUGGGGACAAUAUUCAGCCGUUUGUAUUGGCAGCCUGCGAGAAAUUCGGCGUCACGCUCGCCAUUUCCAGCUUUACGCAGGUAAAGAUUGAGGAUAUGCUGCGAAAACAAGACAAGACCCCAGUCCAGAAAUUCUGGUCUGCUACAUUUGGCUGGGCAAAGGGCGACUCGACGGUUUUUUUGUCACGUAGCGUUGAAGGCAUACGCUUUUUGUCCCUCGCAGCCGCACUAGUUUCAUCAUGCAACAGCUUUGAUGCUGCCACAGUAUUGGCAACCAUCAUUCAGGGCACCGCUGAAGACGAGGAACUCAGUCCCACUCUCUACCAAUUGAAGGACCUUCUCGACGUUCUUGAGCCAAGACUCAAUCAUUCUCGAUUCUUAGAUGUUGUUUUCGGCUAUCAAGCUCUGCUUUCUCGAUCAUCCAAUGACUUCUAUGGAAGCCCUGCUGUCCCAAGUCCAGAAGCAAUCCAGAAGCUGGUUGAUAGCUUUAGAGAGUUGUCCCGCGUUGGACCUGCAGACGUACGAAGUCUCAAAAUCACCCUAGGAAGAUUCGCCGCCUGGGUCUCGGCCUUUACGCGUUGGUGCGUCGAAAUUCCUUCCAUAAUAUGCAACGAAACGGGGGAAGUGAUUGUGGACCAGCCAAAUGCACAAGUGACUAUUUGCAUCUCAAAGGACGACAAGUACAAGAACAGGAUUGAGAUAGAAACCAUUUAUGAGUACAACAGCAGUCAACAGCUUGUCAGUGCUAUUGUGAAGGACGGAUCUGAUCCUAUAUUGGCAACUGGCAUGGUGACAGUCGAAACCCACGCACUGUUUCUCCUGAGUAGACUCAGAUUUAACGAUGGCUUGGGCAGAGAAGCAUGUGCUCAAGCACUACCAUAUCUGUUCAUCGGGUCAAGUCGAGAUUCCUUGAGGUGA